AUGGCUGUGGCAGAUGCGCCUGGCCUUAUGGACAUUGCCAGCACCUUGAUCCAGGAUGAGAUUCCUUUCAAGUUACGAUGUGCAAUUUGCAACAAGCUGGCUGUGAAUGCUUUCCGCCUGCCUUGCUGUGACCAGUCUAUCUGCGAGACCUGCCAAACUUCGCUCUCCGACACAUGUCCUGUCUGUACACACACUCCUGUCUCUCCGGAUCUCUGCAAACCCAACAAAGCUCUGCGGACCACUCUGAAAGCUUUCUUGCGCACCGAAGAAAAGAAGCGGGAAAAGGAUCGUCAAUCUGCGGCACCUCCAACACCAUCCCUCCCCACUCCUGUAGAGGCAAAAGCGCCAGUGGAAGAUGCAAUUCCUGGCCAAAAUGAAACCGGGACUGUGUCAGCCGCGCAGACAGAGGCGCCUGUCCCGACGGAGACUAUUGAGUCCAAGCCUGAAGAGCCUGUCCUAGACACACACGCCCCAGACACAGUUGAAGAAAUCGUUUCAGUGCCUGAUGCGCCAGUUUUAGGAGAUCCAUCUGCCGAGAGCGAGACAGCUGCUAAGUCAGUCAAUGGCACUGACCAGACCCUUGAGUCUGCGACUGAGGAUGCUGUGGCCGUCGACUCCGCACUCCCUGGAGAAUCUGUCUCUCUGGUCCAGGAAAACCCCGAGGAAUCCGGUCCCAACUUGAUGGCCCCCAACAUGGCCGGAAAUACCCCUCCAAUAGGCUGGAACGGAAAUGGCGUGAAUCCUUUCAUGCCCGGCAUGUUCAAUUAUCCGAAUACGAUGGGGAUGCCUAUGGGGAUGGGCCCAAUGGCGAAUCAGGGGAUGUUCGGUGGCUAUGGAAUGAACAUGACUGGUAUGGGCAUGAACUCUGGGAUGAACUACAACGGUGGCAUGUAUGGAUCCUUAGGAUGGGACGCCUCCCAGCAGAACAACAAUAUGUGGCAAGGCGGCCAGAAUAAAUUCAAUCCAAAUGCUUUUGCAAAUGGCACGGGUCCUCCUUAUGGAGGAGCAUUUGGCGGGUCUAAUAUGUCUGCUUACCCUUCUCAUUCAGACUAUCAGUCUGGUUACUACGGAGGUUAUGGUCGUGGCGGAUUCCGGGGACGAGGUCGCGGCCAGUUUCAUGGCUCUGGUCGAGGCGGCUUUGGCCCCAUGCAAGGUCAUUAUCGCCAGGGUGCUAACUCGGGAUAUCCCAACCAAAACCCAGACGCUAUGGCUGAUGACUCCAAUGCCAAUCAAUUUGAUGCUCAAGGUAAUGCUCAAACAAGUGAGAAUGUUCCUGGAUCAGGUGAAGCUGCACUCGAUUCGUCGGGUAAACCAGACGAUAUCUCAACAGAAACUACAGACCAACCCCAGGGUAUUCCCACCAUUGAGAGUCUUGAUAAUUCCGUACCGAAUGGCCCUGCAUACGGUCAUAUGAAUAGUGGUUACGGACAGUACCGAUAUGGACGAUAUGGACAAGAACGAGGCCCUGGCGUGGAAGGUGCUCCAGCUGCUCCACGGGCCAUGCGGGAGGGACUGCCCAACACCAGUGUUCUACGGCAACGCGGCUUCCAGGUCCAGGGCCGGGCCAGUGUUUCUGGUGAGCCCACUGAAGACGAAAUUAACACAAGGGUCACAUCGCGCGCCCCGUCCCAACGUGCGAAAUCUCGAUCUCAAUCUCCGUCACAAAACCCGGCUUCCCGUGUCCGUUCACCGUCUGUCCGUGGUACUGAAGAAGACCGCGAUUCUCGCCGAGGAACAGAAGUCAAGCGCAUGGAUCGGGUUGAUGAACUACAGUCUCGCGCCCGUUACUCUCGUUCUCCAUCCCGCACUUCCUCCCGUCGCUCCUCACGACGCCGGCACCAUGAUAGCGACCGGGAGAGAGACCGAAGAACUAAUCACCGUUCCCAACGCUCCCGUCGUCACCGCAGCCGUAGCCGCAGCUUAAGUAGGAACAGAGCCUCCCGUGCCUCUGAUCGUGUCGAAAGGACCACAGACAGAAACGCAUCGAAUGGCAGAACCAAAGCGUCCUCCGAAGCGCCCGACUCGCGCGACUUGGAAAGCCGAAUCAGCAGUUACCGCUCCAAAGACAGAAGCCGACGCGAAGACGAAAAAUCUCGAGGCCAAGACCGUGAUACUCGACGCCGAGACCGCGACCACGACCGGCCUCGUGAUCGCCGUGGCAGAGACCGGGAUCCCGAUCGUGACGAUCGCCGUGAUAACGACCGCGACAAGGACCGAGGCCCAGAGCGCGAUCGAGACCGUCCCAGGGACCACGGGCGUGAUCGCAAACGCUCUCGCCGUGACCGAUCUCCAUCUGCCCAUGGCAGCGAGCGUCCCCAAAGCCGACGUGUGAAACAUGGCGAUGAGGACCAUAGUCGGGGCACGAACGGAACCUCAACCAAGACUGAAACGGAGAAAGACCCUUACACUCUUGAGCGCGAAGCGCGCAAUAAGGAACGUCUCGAGCGGGAGAAACAACACCGUGACAAGGCCAAGUCUGGCCGCCGCCGCGAUAGCCGGCAGGACCGUGUGGUGGCUGGCCGUCGCAUCAACUACAAGUACGAGGAUGAACUCUAA